AUGGACGACGCGACCCAGCGGCGCUGCAGCGCGGGGGCUGUGUGCAAAGGCAACAAGGGUUUCGCCCGCUUCGGCGGCGAGAAUGUGCGGCAAGCGGCAGCGAGGCCGCCAGACGCGCUACCGCCGCCGCAGCGCAAGAGUGAAACGGAGGUUGAGCCCUUUGUUGGAGACAACACCUUUUACAUCCCCGCAACGCCAGAGAUCCUCGGCUCCAUUUCGCGCGUCAAGGUUCCGCGCCAGAUGGGGUGCUCGAUGCGUGACUGGAGCGACUAUCAGCAACGGCAGCAGCGCGAGAAGGCGAGGGGGACGCGGAGCCACGGCGCGGAGCUGCCGCGGCUGACAAUGGAGGAGGUCAUGGCGCACGCGACUCCCGACGACCUGUGGCUUGUGGUGCGGGGAGUCGUGUACGACUGUACGAAGUUUCAGCGCUUCCACCCUGGCGGGGAGCGCAUCCUGCGGCAGUGCGCGGGGAGGGACUGCACGGCGCUGUACGACCACUUCCACUCGUGGGUCUCCUGUGAGGGGCUGAUGGCGCCCUUCGCGGUCGGCAUCGUUGAUGCCCAGUCGCCAAAGUAG